GCAAGAGUUAGAAGCGAUGAGGGGACCUAGUCGUCCGUCCCAUCCCAUGACCACCCUAAUAUCAGGCCUACCUACCGCUAUCACCUAAACUUGCACGACCCAGGCUCGAUAUAUCGUUACCUCAACUGCCUUAUUUGGGUUGUUGAGAAAUUGCUAGAAUCUCCACUUUUCACUUUCUCGUCAAGUAUCAUAAAACGACAGGCAGAGUACCUUUUGCAUGCUACCUACCUACUUUAUCCCAUGAUCUGAUUCAUAAACCGACUGGAUCAAACUGUACUCGUAUGAACUAUUGGUCUUGAAAUUUUUCCAGCAACUAACUGCUGUAUCCACAAACCCAAUAUGGCAUCCCCCGGAGCUGCAACGAAAGGCUCCUCUGCUGAGCCAAGCAAAGAGGACCAGGUAUUGAUUCUCAUGGCUCGGCUGAUGGAAGGGGGCCAAGAGGAUGAGGAGACAUGCAAGGACUUGAACCAACUCACAAAAUUGCUCAACGACGACAUUAACGACGUCAAGAGUGGGAAGCCGUCCAUCUGCGACGCCAUCGACAGCGACUGUGUUGAUACUCUUCUAGGUUAUCUAGACAUGAGGCAGCCGGAAGCGGUUCGAGGUUUUGGGCUUUUAACCACAUCAGCCUAUCUCAAAGCAGCUGGCGAUGACGGCAACAAGAAGCUUUCCGAGUUCUAUUACGAUCGGGUGAAGCGCGGCACUUACGACGACUACAUUGUUGCAUUUUGCGUUGCAUCGGCCCUGUUCCCCAUCGUGCCAGAUCUCAUCAAGGACUUGUUCCUCAGCGAAGGUUUCCUGGCCAGCCUGGGUCCGCUUAUGAGGCGGAAGUGGAAGAGCAGGAAGGUUGAGACGGCAUGUCUCGAGAUGCUCAACGCAGCAUGCAUGAACUCGGAAUGCCGUGCCGCCGUGCAAAAAUACUGCGCCGAGUGGCUUGAGGAGAUUGUGGACCAGGAUCCGGAAGAGAUUGCUAAGUGUACCAUCACAACUGAGCCUGACGUGCACCAAGCCGGAUCGAUUUCGAUGAGGAAACACUCGGAGCAGGUGCAAAAUCUCGCUGCUGUAAUUCUUACCAAAUUGAAGGCAACACAACCGCCAGAGUCCACCACCGAAUUACCCGAGGAACGGGUGGGCUUGGCAACCACAAGUGUCGAAGACCUCAGCAAGAAGUUUACAAAAGUCCUCCUCGAAGACCCAGAACAUGGUCGGCAGAGCGCCAUCGAGGGACUUGCCUACGCGUCUCUCCAGCCCAAAGUAAAAGAAUCAUUGUCGGAGGAUAAGGUUUUCUUGAAGUCACUUGUCGAGACGCUCAAAAAUGCUCCACCUCGAUCAUCUCUAACCUAUGGAGCACUGAGCAUUGUCGUCAACCUCACCCGCUACGAGCCUCCUCAAUCAGAAGAGCAGAAGCGCAUGACACAACUUAAGGCUUAUGCGAAUGCAGCCGGAAAGCUAAAGCAGGAUCCUUUGAACAAUGACGACCAUGUCAACGCCAGGUGUAUGCGCGUUUUCGAGGCCGGCAUCGUCCCCAUCCUAGUCUCGCACAGCAAGGACGGGUCAGUAGCAUCAUUAUCACUCAUUGUACAAAUCAUCUACUCCAUAUCAGUUACGCCUAAACUCCGGGGUCAACUGGCCCAGCAGGGAGCUGUCCGUCUUCUCAUCGCUGCCUGGACCGCACUCUCGGCCGCUAACGAUGCGUCAACUGUUGCUGCUCGACGCACCGCAGCUCAGGCCCUCGCACGAAUCCUGAUAUCAACAAACCCAGCCCACGUGUUUGGUGGUACUCGCCCAACACCAAUAAGUGCAGCCAUUCGACCCUUGGCCUCAAUCGUACCACCCGACGAUUCGACUGAGACGCGGGAUUUACUCCCAACCUUUGAAGCACUCAUGGCACUCACCAAUCUCGCAUCAACAGAAGACCAAGACACUCGGCGCGCAAUUGUGCGUGCAGUAUUUCCCGACCUCGAGGAGCAGGUCUUGAGCUCAAACUCAAAAGUGCAGCGUGCGGCCACAGAGCUCAUUUGCAACCUGGCUCAAUGCCCAGAGGGCGCCGCCCCUUUUGCAGAUGGGUCUCCCCAGGCCAGUACCAGGGUCCACAUUCUACUAGCAUUGUGUGAUGCCGAGGACGAAGGCACACGUAACGCAGCCGGUGGGACACUGGCCAACCUGUCGGCGCACGAGGCUGUCGUGCGGGCGAUACUUGCACGGGGCGAGCGUGGCAUACAAAUACUGCUAGGGAUGUGUGGGGAGGGCAGCAGCGAGGAUCUGAGGCAACGUGGCGCUUUUGUGUUGCUCAAUAUGGCGGCGACGGAAGGUGAGACUGGUCAACUGUCACGGGAAAAGAUCAAGGCCGAAAAUGGGGCGACGGUCCUCACGGAGUGUGCCAAGAAGACGAGGCGGCCCGAGGUCCUGGAAAUCGCGGUCGCGGCACUGAAGGCUCUUCUUGAGGCGGAAUAAAGAAGCAAGGGCUAGACUCUUACCAGGGACAAUGGUGUCAAAUAGUGGUGAAAUAAAUGGCGGAUAGAACUGUACCGAGCCUUAAAUUGACAAGUCCCCGCUGG